AUGACCGCACCCAAGCGAAAGAAGUCUGGUAUAACCAAUGGACAACCUGCCACCACCGACGCUGCCAAUCCCGUCCCCGAUACUCCGGCUCCGCGCCGAUCCGCCAGAAACAUCAGCGACGUGAAACCAGUCACUAAGCCCGGCGCCGCCAUGAGUCCCACAGAAGCCGACCUUGCAAAAGACCAACCACCGGCUAAGCGCCGCCAGAUUAGCCGCAAGAAGGUCGAGUCUGAGAGUAGCGUGCGCCGUGCCAUAAGAGAGCUCACCGAAAUGGAGAAUCGUCUACAGAAUUCCACGAGAAACCAGCGUCUUGCCAUUGAGGCAAGCCAUGUCCCGCCUUGUGCAGACGAACCCCACUCAGAGAAACACUCAUACAAACCUCACAUGACGAUCUAUGCAUCAGAUCCGGAAAAACUUGCCCGGAUGGCUGAAGAGGAGCGAUCCGGUACUCCCAGUUUGGAUGCCGCCCCAAUUGAAGGUCCAGCCGGGGAAGGCGCUGUCGGUGACGUCGAGGACGACAAGGUGCUCCUCGAGAACGCCCCGGAGAGAGGUGCCGGUCGAGAGCCGCCUGUGAACACGUCCAUCUUGCAACACCGUCACCCUCUCGCGGAUCCAUCUCAGCCUGAACACGCUACCAAGAAUCGCCCUGACGAGAACCAGCCAGCCGAUAUUAGGCGCGGUCAGAAGUAUGUGGAGGAGCUGGGCCUGGCCAAUGCUCGAGAUAUUGUCAAAAUGCUCCGGUGGAACGACAAGUACGGAAUCAAAUUCAUGCGACUGAGCUCAGAAAUGUUUCCAUUUGCAAGCCAUGAGGAAUACGGCUACCGUCUUACACCGUUCGCUGCGGAGUCCCUUGCAGAAGCGGGAAAAGUCGCUGCACAACUGGGCCACAGAUUAACAACGCACCCAGGCCAGUUUACUCAACUCGGUUCACCGCGCAAAGAAGUCAUCACGGCCGCAGUUCGAGAUCUGGAAUAUCACGAUGAGUUGCUCAGUCUUCUCCGCCUCCCCGAACAACAGAACAGAGACGCCAUCAUGAUAUUACAUAUGGGUGGCACUUACGGCGACAAGGCGUCUACGCUGGAUCGAUUCCGUACCAACUAUGCCAAGCUGUCACAGUCUAUCAAAAAUCGACUUGUCCUCGAGAAUGACGACGUUGCUUGGUCUGUUCAUGACCUACUACCUAUUUGCGAAGAGUUGAAUAUUCCAAUGGUUCUUGACUUCCAUCAUCACAACAUCAUCUUCGACGCAAGCCAAUUACGUGAGGGUACCGAGGAUAUCACAAAGAUUUAUGACAGAAUUAGUGCCACAUGGACGCGCAAGAAUAUCAAGCAAAAGAUGCAUUACAGCGAGUCGUGCCCGAGCGCUACCACACCACGGGAUCGAAGAAAGCAUUCCCCGCGAGUGCGCACUCUUCCGCCGUGCCCUCCUGACGCGGACCUCAUGAUCGAGGCCAAAGAUAAGGAGCAGGCUGUUUUUGAACUCAUGCGCACAUUCAGGCUUCCGGGAUGGGACUCGUUCAAUAACGUAGUCCCUCACGAGCGACUGGAUGAAGUCCGGCCUAAUAAAGCGGCCGCCAAGAAGGAUGGCAAAAAGAAGCCCAAGAAAUCCAAGAAGAAGAAGGAUGAAGACGAGGAAGAUGAGGAGCCAGAGGAACCUGAAUCCGUCGUCGUGGAAGAGAAAACCAUAGCCCCUGAAGAUUUCGGCAUGGGUGGUCCGCAACACAGGGUGUACUGGCCCGAGGGCAUGGAAGAAUGGUUGAGGCCUAAGAAGCGGGAGGUAAAGAAGGCGAAAUCCACACUAAUCAAGGAGGAGAUCAAGAAGGAGGAUGAUUAA